ACCUUUGUACUUUGAAUACCAAAUCCAGAGUGUUUGGCAUCAAUAAUCAGUCUUCAAACUGCACAAAAUCAUGCAAUUUUAAAUUACAGUCAUUAGAUAAGGUAUACGAAGUCAACAUAGAAUGCUUUGUAUUAUCUAAAAUAAGUACUAAGCUACCAUCAACUUAUGUUGACACAAGGAGCUUUCAAAUACCCACUGGCAUUCGUCUUGCCGAUCCUACUUUCAAUUGUCCGUCUUCAGUCGACAUCUUAGUUGGCGCAGAAAUAUUUUGGGAAAUUUUAGGCGCGAAUCGUAUCAGUUUAGGAAAGAACAAACCUUCUUUAUUUGAAUCUAAGUUAGGCUGGUUGAUUUCCGGCUUAUUUAUAAACUCAAAUCAUAAUAAUGACUCUUCUUCUCCCGUGUGCAUGUUUUCAGACAACACACUAUCAGUAUAUUAUUAUUUGUCUCGAUUCUGGGAGCUUGAUACUAUUUCUUCAAAACACAAACUCACUCCCGAAGAGAAGCGCUGUGAGCAGAUAUUUGCGGAUACCACGUAUCGAGAAUCUGAUGGUCGUUUCGUGGUGACUCUACCCCUCAAAGAGCCACCCACCAUUCUAGGUGACUCUUACAACAUGGCCAGGCAUAGGUUUAUCUCUUUAGAACGUAGAUUACAAAAAAAUCCAAUUCUUCAGAAACUCUAUUUUGACUUCAUGCGUGAGUACAUAGAGCUAGGUCAUAUGACUGAAAUUAAUUCUUUUGAUUGGAACUCUACUAAGAGCAAGGUAGCUCCUAUAAAACCAGCUACUAUGCCCCGACUCGAACUAUGUGCAGCCUUGAUGGGCGCUCGAUUGCAUUCUAAGGUACUUCAAUCACUUACCCUAAAAUUCAACGAGUCAGUGUUCUGGUGCGACUCUACCAUAGUGUUGGGCUGGCUAUCGAUGACACCCUCGAAUCUUAAACCUUUCGUCCGUCAUCGUAUCUCUGAAAUCCAGGACAUUGUCGGUGGUGACUGUUGGCGCUACGUUCCUUCAGCAGAAAACCCCGCAGACCUCGUCUCACGAGGACUCUCAGCUGACAAGUUAGCUCACUCUUCUUUAUGGUGGUCAGGGCCACAGUUUCUACAACAAGACCAAUCAAUUUGGCCGCAAUUUCCACGAUCGCAUGACAAGUCUACGUUACCAGAGACAGUUAGAAUUUUUCAUGUCAACGUCGACGGUGAAAAUGUAAUUUCUACACUUUUCAAUCGGUGUUCAAACUUUAACGCAUUGCAACGCAUCGUAGCCUUUAUGUCACGGUUUCUUAAAAAUUGCAAAUUACAAAAUCAAAAUCGUACAUUUGGUCCACUAACAACAUGCGAAUUAAAUAAUUCAUUAAAUUUAAUUUUAAAAAUCUGUCAACAAGAAUCAUUCCCUGAGGAGUACAAUCUUCUCACAUCAGGUAAACUAUUACCUCCUAAAAACAAACUCUUAUCAUUAUCGCCUUUUCUUGACGAUAAUAAAAUUAUUCGAGUAGGGGGCAGGCUUCAUAGUUCCUUUUAUGACUACAAUGUUAAACAUCCUGUUCUUCUUUGUAGGUCGAAUCGAAUCUGUAACUUAAUAUUUCAAAUAUUUCAUCAUAAAUUAUUUCAUGCAGGGCCUCAACUGUUACUUGCCUCCAUUCGUCAUCACUAGUGGCCCAUCGGUGGUAGAAAUCUAGCCAGGAAGACAACACAUCAAUGUGUAAAAUGCUCUAGAAUCAAGGCUAACACAAUCCAACCUAUCAUGGACAACCUUCCAGUGCAGCGUUUACAUCUAGAAUUUCCCUUUUUAGAUACAGGUGUCGACUACGCCGGUCCUAUCAUGAUAGCUGACCGCAAGGGCAGAGGUUGCAGGCUCGUCAAGAGCUUUAUAUGUGUAUUUGUGUGUUUGGCCACAAGAGCAGUUCACCUUGAGCUUGUUUCAGACAUGACAAAAGAAGCUUUUUUAGCAGCUCUCAACCGAUUUAUUGCUCGGAGGGGGAAACCACGCCACAUCUUCUCGGACAAUGGUAGUACUUUCGUCGGGGCCUUCAAUGAGCUAGCACAGCUUCUAGCACAGGAUCUCGACCUAAAUAAAAUCGAUCCAGGAAAAAUCCAAAUGGCAUCGCUCUACCAGAGGAGAACUAAAGGAAGGGGCUCUCGUUGUAAUCAAGGACAAGACCUCUCCGCCUCUUAUGUGGCUGAUGGGACGAGUCAUCCGUGUGCUACCAGGGAGUGACGGCGUCGCAAGAGUUGCAGACAUACGCACACGCAAGGGUGUGCUCAGACGGGCAUACAACACUAUUUGCCCCCUGCCUCUACAGUGACUCUACCUUGAAGACCACGGCUCUUCAACAGGGGGAGCAUGUUGGAGCCGCCUUAACUGCGGCUGAUGAACCGGUUGUGUAGCCGGACGCCAGAGGGGAGCCGCCGGAGAGGGGAGGCAACGGUCGUCGACCCACUCGGCAGUGCCACGUCCCGCAGUCGCGUCAAACCCUAUCAGCACGACACCCGCGCACGCGCAUCUACCUAUUUACAAUAUUUCCGCAUACGAUAACCAGUUACUUUGUGCUGUCAAUAAACAUUUAACUACA